AUGUGCUCCAACAAUACUAGUCUAUUCGCUACUGAUGAUUUUUUUGCCACAACUUUUCACAUCCUCGCCAUCAUCGGAAUACCACUUCAUAUUUUUGGAGCCUAUGUUAUUUUGACGAAAACUCCGUUGAAAAUGAAAAGUGUUCGAGCCAGCAUAUUCCUGCUCCAUUUUGUCGGAGCAUUUGCCGAUGUUUACCUUAGUUCUAUGGCAGCUCCGGUGAUCCUUCUUCCUGUCUGUGCAGGCUAUCCACUAGGAGUUUCUUGGGCACUUGGAAUUCCUACUGAUGUUCAGACAUAUUGGCUUGACGUUUAUUGGAUGUGAGUUCGGUGUUCCUGUGCGCCUGCCUACUUUCCUACAUACCUUCGUGCCUACCAGCACCCCUAAAUCGAUCUUUUGCAGUACUUUCCGUGACGAUUCUCGUAUUCUUCGAGGAACGUUAUCACCACCUGGUCAAUAUAAACUUGUCCAAUGAAAUACGUAGCUUGAAGCGAAAUAUCUAUGUAUUUGUUCAUUACACUAUUGCAGUGACAUACAUUAUACCAGUUUUUGUGAAUCUAUAAGAUCAAAAACUGGGUAAAGUGUCCAUACAUCAGGUGAUUAGGAGUUAACCCCGCCUGACAAGAUUUGGCUCCGGAAAAUUGAAAAGUCGAAAAAAAAAAUGUUCCGAAAAUUAACCAUAAAAUAUGAUUUUUUAACUAUUACGUCAGUCAAUAAGUUUUGUCGUUUUUUCUCAGUUUUGAUUUUUUCUUAGAUAUUUUUUUGUGGUUAUAUAGAGGACUGUUAGUAAUGACAAGCCCAACAAUAUUAGCCAUAUCAGACUACUUCCAGAUAUUUUAAAUGUCAGAACUGUCAUGACGAAAAAAAUUAUUUUUUUCGAUUCUUUUUAUUUUUUGGCGAAAUGAAAAAGUUUAUAUGCCCUGAUGUAUUAAGCAGAUAGUUGAAUAAAAAUCUGCAAUAACAGCUUCAGGCAUGGCUUUUUGGUCACGUCAUAUUCGUUUAAGUUGUCAAAAAUGCUUCCAAAAAUGAUUUUUUAAACUUUGAAGGAAGCUAACUUCCGCAAUGUGCAAGAUACAAAAAAGUGAUCAAUUACAAAAUUAAUAACAGAUUAAAUAAUCACUUUUUAAUUUUUCACAUUUUCGUAGUUGAAACUUUUGUCAUAUUUUAAGUGUUGGAGAAGAUAUCAGACAUUUAAGCGAACUCGUCCAAAUUUGUGAAAAAUUUCAAAAAUCAUCGUGAAAAAAUUUCGAAAAAAGAAUUUUCAGAGAAAAAGGCCUAAACAUUUUUGAAUAUGAAUAAGUAACUUUUAACUAAAACUUUGCAUAUACUUUCAUUGGUCAGCUUUACUCUUGUGGAGAGAAAAACAGAACUUUGUAGGAUUUUCCCAUUAUUAAAAAACUACGCAUAUUUGUUUCUUUGAUGAUUAAUAUUUUUGCAAAAACCUUAGAUAUGACAAAAGUUUCAACUACAAAAAUGUGAAAAAUUAAAAAGUGAUUAUUUAAUCUGUUGAACAAAACUUCGGCAAACGACUGGCUUUGGAGUUACAGGCGAAAAUCUGGAAAAAGGGUGUUUAUUGAAACUUGGGCUUGGCUUGUUUCAACUGACUGUAACUUAGCAGCGGGUAAAGAUAGAAACAAGUGGUAAACUGCUAAAAUGUAGUAAUUAAUGUGCUUAUUAAUGUUGUAAUUGAUCACUUUUUUGUAUCUUGCACAUUGCGGAAGUUAGCGUCCUUCAAAGUUUAAAAAAUCAUUUUUGCAAGCAUUUUUGACAACUUAAACGAAUAUGGCGUGACCAAAAAGCCAUGCCUGAAGCUGUUAUUGCAGAUUUUUAUUCAACUAUCUGUUUAAUACAUCAGGGCAUAUGAACUUUUUCAUUUCGCCAAAAAAUAAAAAAAAUCGAAAAAAAUAAUUUUUUUUCGUCAUGACAGUUCUGGCAUUUAAAAUAUCUGGAAGUAGUUCUGAUAUGGCUAAUAUUGUUGGGCUUGUCAUUACUAACAGUCCUCUAUAUAACCACAAAAAAAUAUCUAAGAAAAAAUCUAAACUGAGAAAAAACGACAAAACUUAUUGACUGACCUAAUAGCUUUGUUUAUAUUGGUGAGAAAAAACAUAAUAUUUUAAUCAAAAAAGAAGAUCAAUGACCAAAAUUUUAAGCUAAUUUUCGAAAAAUCGAAAAUUGUUUCGAAAUAUCGGAAAAUCGAAAAACGAAAAAUUUUCGAUUUUUCGACGAAAAAAUCGAAAAACCGACACCGUUGGCCUGGAGCUAGACCACUUUAAAAGCCUGACAAGACUGAUUUUUCAAACAACACACAUUUCAGAGUCUUCCGUGUCUUUCUAACGAUAUCCUAAAGCGUCCUGGAUUCCUAGUCCUUUCAGUUGGUAACCUCGAGAUAUCAUUUUGCGUUGGUGGUAUGAUCAUUCUAAUUGUUCCUCAAGGCUUCUUCUACAUUAUGUCAAUAUUCUAUUUUCUUUGGAAGUUAAACUCUCCCAGCCAGUCACGUGCUACCGCUCGCCUAUGUGCGCUCAAAUAUUCAUCCCAUUUGUUGUGAUUGUGAUUCCAACCGUAUAUUGCACGUAUUCUGUGAUUUUUGAAUAUCAUAAUCAGGGUUAGCAAUUUUCGGAUACAUUCAAAAAUUGGUUUAAUUUUGAGAUUCAGGCGCAACAAACAUUGCUAUGGCUUGCUUUGCACUUCACGGAAUUUUAUCAACAGUGACGUUGGUUGUAGUGCAUACCCCGUAUCGUGAAGCAACUCAAAAAACAAUUUGUUUCUGGUCGAAGCCCAGGUUGAUUGUCAGGAGAAUUGCUGCGAUGCCAAGCAGAUCAAUGUGA